AUGCCGGGAGCCUGCCAGGACCUCAGCACCAUCACGCCCACGCCGCGGCAGCAGAGUAUGGCGCAGCUCGAGCGCACGUCCCUGCUGGUUGGCGGGCGCGAGCUCCUCGUCCGCGCCCCGCCCAACGUCACCCUACGGCCAGCCGGUGCCGGCGUCGCCGACGACGAGGCCGCCGCCGCCUCGGGCGCCGCGUUCCUCGGAGCCAGGGCGGCGGCGGCGUCCAGCCGCCACGUGUUCUCCGUCGGAAACCUGGCUAGUGGGUGGAGGUGGCUGUCACUGUUCAGGUUCAAGAUCUGGUGGAUGAUGCCGGCCACGGGCGCCGGCGCGGCGGCUGUGCCGGCGGAGACGCAGAUGCUGCUUCUGGAGUCCACGAGCGAGGUGGGUUCUGCGGCCGCGACGGAGCAUGUCUCACUGUACGCGCUGAUGCUGCCGGUUCUUGACGGCGGCUUCCGGGCCAGCCUCCAGGGGAGCCCCGAGGACGAGCUCCAGUUCUGCUUCGAGAGCGGUGAUCCUGAUGUCCAGACGAUGGAAGCAGUUGAUGCAGUGUUCAUCAACUCAGGGGACAACCCCUUCAAGCUUCUGAAGGAAUCCAUCAAGAUGGUGUCCAAGAUCAAAGGAACUUUCAGUCAUAUAGAGGACAAGGAGAUUCCUUCAAAUUUGGACUGGUUUGGGUGGUGCACUUGGGAUGCAUUUUACAAAGCUGUGAACCCAAGUGGGAUUGAGGAGGGCCUUCAAAGUCUGCGUGAAGGUGGUGUGCCACCAAGGUUUCUGAUUAUAGAUGAUGGUUGGCAAGAAACAGUUGAUGAAUUCAAGGAAGCGGACGAAGCCAUCCGUGAGCAGGCCGUAUUUGCGCAUAGGCUGACUGAUCUGAAGGAGAACCAUAAGUUCAGGGGAGAAACCUGCAAGAAUCUUGGGGACCUCAUUAAGAAGAUAAAAGAAAAACAUGGAGUCAAGUGCGUCUACAUGUGGCAUGCUUUAUUUGGAUAUUGGGGAGGCAUCUUAGCAACAUCUGAUGCGAUGAAAAAGUAUAAUCCAAAGCUUGUUUACCCAGUCCAAUCGCCGGGUAAUGUUGCGAACCUGAGGGAUAUUGCCAUGGACAGCUUGGAGAAAUUUGGAGUGGGCAUCAUUGAUCCUGACAAGAUAUAUGAGUUCUACAAUGAUCAGCACAGCUACCUUUCUAGUGUGGGUGUGGAUGGCGUGAAGGUUGAUGUUCAGAACGUGUUGGAAACUCUUGGAUGCGGAUUUGGUGGUCGUGUUGCAGUAACUCGAAAGUAUCAGCAGGCUCUUGAGGAAUCCAUUGCCCAGAACUUCAAAACAAACAACCUAAUCUGCUGCAUGAGUCACAAUUCAGACAGCAUCUUUAGUGCCUUGAAGAGUGCAGUUGCUAGAGCCUCAGAAGAUUUCAUGCCUCGGGAACCAACACUGCAAACUCUGCACAUCGCUUCUGUGGCAUUCAAUAGCCUAUUGUUGGGAGAAAUCUUCAUACCUGACUGGGAUAUGUUCCAUAGCAAGCAUGAAUCAGCGGAAUUUCACGGAGCAGCUAGAGCCCUGAGUGGAGGUGGUGUUUAUGUCAGCGACAAACCCGGGGUGCAUGAUUUCAGUGUUCUAAAAAAGCUUGUUCUACCAGACGGCUCGAUUCUAAGAGCAAGGUAUGCUGGUCGUCCUACACGCGAUUGUCUGUUCACUGACCCAGUCAUGGAUGGCAAAAGUCUGAUGAAGAUAUGGAACUUGAACAAUUUCACUGGUGUCAUUGGUGUGUUCAAUUUUCAGGGAGCUGGACAGUGGGUUUGGCCAGUGAAAGAAACUGCUUAUGUUCCUAUCAACAUAAACAUCACUGGUCAGCUCUCACCGUCCGAUGUAGAAUCUCUCGAGGAGAUAGCUGGUGAUAAUUGGAAUGGAGAGGCUGCAGUAUAUGCUUUCGGUUCAUGUUCUCUUUCAAGGCUUCAGAAGCACCAAAGUUUGGAGGUUUCACUGUCUACUAUGACAUGUGAGAUUUACAACAUUUCACCAAUAAAGAUUUUCGGCGAAGUCGUUCGGUUUGCGCCUCUUGGACUGAUCGACAUGUUCAACUCUGGUGGUGCACUUGACAAUGUUUCAAGCGUUGCAGAUUCUUCAGCUACGACAGUUCAUAUCAAAUGCCGAGGACCAGGGCGGUUUGGGGCGUAUUCAGCCACCAGGCCGGAGCUUUGUAGAGUUGAUGAAAACGAAGUGGAGUUCACUCAUGCAAAGGAUGGCCUGCUGACCUUUUAUCUCCUCCCUUCUUCCUCCCAGGACAACCUGAGACACGUUGAGAUUGUGUACAGAGCUUCAUGA